CUGAAAAUGAGUAAGAAGUCUUACUUCCCAGCAGUUAUUGAGACUAAGCAUCAGUUUAGGCAGUGAUUACUGCGAGCAUUAAGCAAGUUUAAUAAUAAUUACACUACAAAGACAGCAGUGGAGGAGCUUAAGGAGUUGAUGGUGGAACACAUCACUAAUACAGAUCGAAUGAAUACUUUCUUGUACCACAUCAAUGAACAAACCGAUCAUCUGGGCAAUACUCAGAAGAAGGAAUAUAUUAAGGUGUAUGGCAUUGCAGCUGAGAUUUUUGAAGAAAGCCUCAUCCCUUUCUUACCUAAGGUUUUAAGCCAGAUUCAGCAGAAAUUGAAGGAGAAUGAUCAGCAGGAGAUUCUGAAUUCAUAUGCAGAGUCUAUCGGAAUGAUCCUCACAAAUGUUUUGAAGAAUAUAGAAACUGUGGAGGAAGCAACUGAGCUCUUGACUACCUUUUUGAAAAUGGUUUUUACCAACCUAAAUCAGCCUGGAAAGAUCGUCCAAUCAGGAGCUGCUUUAUGAUUAACAAAAAUUAUUCAAAAUGCUCCUGUGGAUGCACUGAUGGCAAAAAUGGAGGAUCUAUGCAAGGCUUUGCAGGAAGUCUUGAAUUCUAACAAUUGUAGGGCUCAUACUCAGAUCCUAGAAUCGUUAAUCUCUCUCCUUCUCUCUGUUGAACAAGAAUUUGAGCCUUAUGCAGUUGGAUUUUUGCCGACUCUCCUGGAGUGAAUGGCCCUUAAUGAAUGGCACACAAGGAAGAUUGGAAUCGAUGUCAUGUACACUAUUGCUGCUAUUCUAGGAGAUGUUCUCACUCCGUAUACAAAAGAGAUCUAUGAGGUCUUGAACCAUUGAAGAUUCGAUAAAAUGAAACCUGUCAGAGAAGCUGCAAUCGAAGCUUUGAAUUUGAUCAAAGAGAUAGAUCCUUCUUGUGUCUCUGAGACACAAGUUUCUGAGCCAGUUAGCAAAAGCAGGCCUACAACAUCAGAUAAACCUUGGAAGAAACAAAAGAAGAAUCCUGAGGAAGAUCAUUCCUAUCCAAAUUUCCACGGAGUUCAAGAAGAAGAGCCUGAAACUAAGAAGAUUACUGCUGCCACCAGAAAGAGAAGGGAGGCUCAAGAGGCCAAAAAGAAGGCUAAACCCUCUAGAAAGCCGAAUCUUAAAUAAGGAGAAAAAGAGUAUCUUUGACCAGGAAAGGAAUCCUACCUUCUUUAGUAACAAGCCAAAAAUAGAACCUAAGAUCUACAUGGCCUCUGGAGGUGAAGACAAGAAGGAAAAGAAGGAGAAGCACAACUUUUAUUACCAAAACGAGGAAAAGAACUUUGAAGAUACCCCUGAUUUCCUUGAUGCAGACGAUAAGAUCAGUGAAGAAGAGAAGCGCAUGGAUCUAAGUCAGGAGGCCUCUGAUAAUAAGCCUAAUAGCAAGGCGAAGCCAGUCAUUGUGUUUGAUAUAAAUAAUGAAGAAGAGAAGGAAGAUGAUGAAGCAGAAGCACUCGAGGGUGAUCAGUCUAAGCCAAAGCACAGAUUCAAUGUUGUUUAUGACCCUGACACUGAAGAUAUACAGAUCACCGAAGAAGUCGAUCAGAAGGAACAAACUCAUGAGAAAGUUGAGGAGACCCCUGAAAAUCACGAUUUUGAGGAGAGCGAUCGGAAUGAAGAAGGAAGUUACGUUCCCAACCAAAAAGUACAAAGGAUGGACAAAUAAUACUCCUAAUGAACCAGAAAGAGAGAACGUGGCUAAAACUUAUGGUACAAUAGAGGAGAGAAUUAAGGAUAGCCCAGAACAUAGCAGUCCGAAGAAAUCUCCUGUGAAAUCAGUGAAAAAGCCAGGAAACGAUGUGAGGAAAAAUCAGAAUGAAAACUCAAACGACAAGGGAGUCAUUCCUUUUGAUGUUGAGAGAAGCUUAAGUGGAAUUAGAGAGCAAGUUCAGAAUGUAGAAAGAAAGGUUGACAGUAGUAUGAAUUCGAAUUUUUACAAUCAAGAUGCAAAUAGACAAGAUUUUGUGAGGCAUACAAUAUCUGUUCCAUCAAACACUAAUUUUGCACAGAAUAGGGAGAAUAUGAUGGAAAGACAACAGGAGACAGUUGACUAUCAGAGAAGAGAUAAUUAUGGACAAGUAUCUCAAAGUGUUAGUAAAGCUAGAAAUUCACAGGCAGAUUUGCAUCAGAAUCCAUUAGAGUCAAACAUGAACCCUAAACCACCUCUAAAUGCUUCAAGUAGUGAUAUGGAUGUUCCCUUUAAACACAUGAUUCAGGAACAAAUGAGGAUGAUGAAAGCCCAGCAAGAUAAGAUAUUAGAAAACCAGAAUAUUUUCCAAACAUACAUCACUAAUGAGAUAACUAUGAUAAAGAACAGGUUGAACCAGCUUGAGAGUGACAUUCUGCUUUCGAAGACUUUGGGGGCUUCCCCUAGCUAUGAAAUGCCUUCGAUGCAGUCACAUACUUAUCAGUAAAGCUAAUUCCUACACGCAAAUUCUGA